UAAGAGGUCUGUGUAGGUUCUACAUCGCUUCUCAUAGCAACAAGACUCAAGUGACAAGUUGGGGCUUGUCUGAGAGAGACCAAUGAUCUGAACUUCCUCAGUGUGCAGAGCAGCAGGUUGACUGUUCUGAACCAUGCUGCACCACUCCUCUGCUACCAGCCUGACAAUAGAGACAUAUGAGGAAUCCCACAUCAGAAGACUGGUCAAUCUGUCUCUUGGAACCAAAACAACUCACAGGAGUGACAGACAUUACUGGUGCUCUAACUCUCAUCUCGUGUGAGUGUGGAGGUCACCAUGGCAACUUGGCCUCAGGGGAACCAGGGACGGCUGAGGUUUGGCCCCAGUGACCGUCUGAUAGCUAUGUUCAGGGACUGCUCCAGAGAUCCAACCGAGACGAUCCAAACCAGACUGGGAUCUAUGCUGCACGCAUUUCUCCAACACCACAGGGACAAUGCAGGAGAUGAGAACAUAAAUUUGGCAGUAAAGUGCUGCUGUGAGGGCGGGAUCUGGUAUUACAGGAUCCUGGAGAAGCUUGUCAUUGAUGAGAGAAAUAUACAGAGCAUCUCUGACAUUUCAGGAAUCUCAUGGAAUGAUCUUCUCCAGUGCUGUCUGGUGGCCUGUUGUCUGGAGAUUACCAUCUUCUCAAAUCAUCUACCAUGUGACUUCCCUCUGCUACUCCAAAUUUUAAAUCUGGCACCAUACCACUUUCUGAAGGUGAUAGAGCUGGUGCUGCGGGCUGUGGGUCUGCCUCGCACUGUUUUCAGACACCUCGCCCAGGUGGAAGAGAAAGUUCUGGAGAGUUUGGCCUGGACCAGCGACUCGCCACUGUGGGAAGAAAUCAGAGCCAACGAGGGCCAUCUGCCUACCUGCCAACAGGCGAUGCCUCCUGAACGGCUUGAAGACUUAGAAUAUGACGGAAACCAAUCAGAAGUGCAUCCCAAUUUGGGGGCUGAAGUGUCUGCCAGCACCGACCACCAGCAUUCCCAGUCAGCUGCAAACAGGCCUCGGAGAAGAAACUCCCUGCAACUGUUUGCUCGUAAGGUUUACAGUUUGAUGGGCAAGCGUCUGACGCAGCUGUGUCCCACACUGGACAUUUCUAAAGAGCUGCGUCUGAAGAUCUGGACCUGUUUUGAGCACUCUCUGGUCCACUGCAGUGGCUUCAUGGUAGACCGUCACCUGGACCAACUGCUCAUGUGUGCAAUCUACAUCAUAGCUAAGAUUACCAAGUUGGAAAUACCCUUCAAACGCAUAAUGAAGUGCUACAAGUCUCAGCCACUUGCCAGCAAAAAUGUCUGCAAAAACGUGCUGAUUUUUGGAAGAGACACAGAAAAUUCUCUCACUGGAAACAACAAUAAUGGAGACCACGGCGUCAGUAUCCCGACCCCCAACACACCAUCAACACAUUAUCCAGGACCUUGUCAGGAGGAGAGGGGUAAUCUUAUUCACUUUUACAACCAGAUCUACACGACAAAGAUGCAGCACUUUGCCAAACUGUUUGCCCCAACCUCUGGAGGAGACACUCCUCCUUUGUCUCCAUUCCCCCAACAGAGGAAAGCUUCUCCUCGCAGACAGCAGCUGCUCAGCAGCCACUCCAUCAACAUUUCACCACUCAACACAGAAACAACUUUCCCCCGUCCAACCGGACUCUGCUACACCUUCAGCUCAAGCCCGUCAGAGUGUCUGCGUGAGAUUAAUAACAUGAUCAGGACGGGCAGGACACCCAACAGGGGACGCUAUGUGGUAUCACUGGAUAGACAAGAGCAAGAGCAGGGAGAGAGGGAAGAAGAAGAAGAAGAAGAUGGUCCUCCAGCGAGGAGGCGUCGUUUGGAUGAUCAGUCAGCCUUGGAGAGACGACUGAGGACUGUGGUGAAUGAUCGUGUGACAAAAGGAACCAACCAUCUCCAGUGACAAGGCCCAACCUGCACUAGAGCAGAGAGGAGCAUGUAGUCUCACUCUGCUGCUGUUUCUGAGGCUGGGACAACAAUGUCAGGUGGUGGAGGGAAAACACAGAGCAGCUUUUUCUUCCUUUACAGAUAUAUGUAUCGGAAUUUCCUUUGGGAAAAAUUCUUUGUCAGCUCAAAGUUUUGUAUCCUGUCUGAUCUAAAAUUAUGCUUUCUGCUCUUUUGCUCUGCACUACUUCUGACACUUAAUGUCCUUGAAUAAGGCACUUAACUCUGAGCGCUGUGGCCAAUGGUAGAAGAUUGUGGUCGUCCUGGCCAGCUCCCUGGUGGAGGUGUGUGAUGUACGACAAAUCUGAAGUAGGGUAUGGCUAGAAAGUGCUCAGUUGACUUUCCUUGUAUAAAUACAGUUAGACUGAGAAAGGAUGUUACCAACUGAACUCCACUUAAAAGUGUAUGACAGCGCUCAUGAGCAUGUGCCAAGCUUUACCGGUUUCAUUGGCCUUAAUUCUAACAGGUUAGAUUCUGAUUAAGUGAGAGAUUAUACCAAGUGUUCAGUACAAGCUACUUUAAAACAUUUUUUUUAUAUGUGAUUUAGUGAUUUUAUUCUCAAUAAUGCUUUCUCUUAAUAUAUUUUCAAAUUCCAAAAGAUAAGCUAAGUUGAGACUGUUAUUGAUUUCUUCAAAGGAAUGAAGGAAAAGCACAAGGACUAUAGAAAAAACUGUCACAAAACUUUACUAUUCAGUGGUACUUGAAGUAAGGAGAUAGGUCUGAAAACAAAAAAAGAACAAAAUACUUUCACAUCCGCUGACUGACUUUGCUGACUGUGACCUUAAUAUCAUAGCUGAUUCAAUAGUACAACUUAUCAACUCUCAAAAGUGUAAUUGUUACAUUAUUUGUAACAGUGUCAAUGUUCUCCACAUCCACAAUACGAUUAGACUCAAUUUUAAGUUCACGAUUCUGUUAAAUUUUUUUAACUUUUUUUCAGCACUGAAGGCUAUGCCAUUGUUGGAUGACUGAAAAAAAAAAUCAAGGCUACAUAGUAUCAGGUGUGAUAUAACCAUUUGGAAUGCACAACACUAGGGCCAUAUGGUCAUAUUUAUAUUUUUGACUGAUCCUGCUUCUUAUUUUGAUAAUUGAAAUAAAAAAGUAUAAGGGAUUACUUAAAGCAAAGUAUUUCCAUGUCCUUAAACAUGUCUUUAAUUUGUUAAAAUAUGCUGUGUAAUCAAAGUACUUUUCAAGCUUCACCAUAAACUACAGUUUUUGAAAAACAAUCAGUGUUAAAUAAAGGUACAUUUUACAAUAAAAA